CAUCCUUUCUUUCUCUCUCCGUAUAUAUAUAUGUGUGUGUAUAUAUGUGUAUAUAUACAUAAAUAUGUUUGUAUGUGUUUAUAUAUAGACACACGAACGUACAUAUAGCUACAUAUACACUCAUUAACACACACACCACAUAUAUGUCGAUGUAUAUACAGUAAUACUAUACACAACUGCCUUAUAUAUAGACACACACAUUGAUGAGUGUCCAUAUCACUAUUAUGAUACAAACUGAUUUUGAUGUUUGUGUGAAUUCCAAUCUAUAUAAUCGAUCUCCACCUACCUGUGCCGUGUCGUCUUACUAAUUGACUUUCUGCCUAAUGUCCCACCAACUAACACCACCAGGUAUUCCGUUAUUGUCACAACACACACAACAACAAUCUAAUAUAUUUGCAUGCGGAUGAUGUUGUUAUAACAGCCGUAGUAUUUAAUAUUUAGUAUCUGUUGAUGUUGUUGCUGUUGUUGUUAUUGUAAUAACCUGACAGACAGAAAGAAAGAAAGAAAGAAGAAGCCUCAGAAAGCGUCGUGAAGAAGAAGAAGAUUUAUUUCUCAACAAGGAUUUUGUUAAUUGUAAAUGACGAAGAGAGAGAGAGAGAGAGAAAGCUAGAAAUUUAUUUAUUGUUUAAUAUUGAAAUUUUUAAUUAAUUGGCCAAAAACACAAAAUAACCCCCCAAAAAAACUGUACGACGAAAACAAAAACAAAGCUUCACAGAGAAAUGGCAGAAAUUCGGCAGAGAUUUCCGACCGAAAACGAAGAAUCGAAAGAUAAGGUAAGUGUCCGAGCCAGGAGCCCAAAUAUUCAUUCCAAUAUUAUUUACAUGCCAUUGCGCUCUGAGGAAGAUGAUGCAGAACCAUUACCUCAAGACCUUGGUGCCACUGGCAGUCUUCCACAAGGAAGCGACAAAACUACAGAGAUUUUAGAUUCUGCAUUGGCAAAUCUAAAUCCAAGAUGGAGGAAUUGGGUUAUCCGUGGCAUAUUUACUUGGCUCAUGAUCCUCUUCUUUGCUUUCAUUGUUUACCUUGGACCACUGGCAUUGGUGUUGUUGGUGUUUGCCAUCCAGAUCAAGUGCUUCCAUGAGAUCAUCACCAUCGGUUACGUUGUCUACAAAUCGUACGACCUUCCUCUCUUCCGGACGCUCAGCUGGUAUUUCCUCUUCACAUCAAACUUCUUCUUCUUUGGCGAGAGUAUGAUUGAAUAUUUUUCCGUCUUGCUAAAUCGAAAUAACUUUCUUCGUUUCUUUGUCACUUACCACCGUUUUCUGUCGUUCUCUCUCUACGUUGCUGGUUUCGUUGCCUUUGUCUGCAGUUUGAUAAAGAAACAUUAUUUGAAGCAGUUUACUUUGUUUGGUUGGACCCAUGUGACGCUGCUGAUUGUUGUCACCCAAUCUCACCUAAUUGUGCAAAAUGUUUUCGAAGGCCUCAUUUGGCUGAUGGUUCCCGUUUCCAUGAUUAUCUGCAACGACAUCAUGGCAUAUAUGUUUGGGUUUUUCUUUGGUAAAACACCCUUAAUCAAACUGUCCCCUAAGAAAACCUGGGAAGGAUUCAUAGGUGGGGCAUUUUCAACAAUAAUAUUUGGAAUUUUGCUUUCCUAUGUUUUGCUACAAUGGGACUAUUUUGUCUGCCCCAUUAGCUUCAAUCCCACCUCAAAUAGACUCUCAAUGGAAUGUGAACGUCACCCAGUCUUUAAAAUAGCCGAGUAUUCCUUGCCUGAAACUCUUGAUGGACUCUUUACUCUGUUGCACAUUCCCUAUCGUACCCUUCGUACCUACCCGUUUAUGUUACACAGUAUCUCCAUGUCCUUGUUUGCGUCUGUGAUUGGACCUUUCGGAGGAUUCUUUGCCAGUGGUUUUAAAAGAGCUUUCAAAAUCAAGGACUUUGGUGACAUCAUUCCAGGACAUGGAGGAAUCAUGGAUCGAUUCGACUGCCAGUUCCUUAUGGCUACAUUCAUCCAUGUUUACUAUACAAGCUUUAUUAGGCUCCAUAACCCACAGAAGAUUCUUCAAAACAUUCUGAUGCUUAAACCAGACGAACAACUGCACGUGUACAACCUGUUGCAUCAGACGCUCAUUGAUACCAGCCUGAUCAAUGCAACCAGUUCUGUGUUGUAGAAACAUUAUUGAGCUCAGCGCCAAAACACACAACAAAUAACGAUGGUGGUUUUGUGGUGUUAAACGAGACAGAAUGUUCUGGUAGAAUUUCACUGCCAAACAAACUAAAUGACACCCCAAAUGAUAAAAACCAUUAAUUAAAUAGUAGUGCCAACCACAGAUUGGGUGAGUGCAAAACAAUUAUUGCACCCCAAUUAAUCUAAACAACUACCCCACCUUCUCCUCCUCCUCCACUUUUUGUUUCUUUCUUUCUCUUUUUCCCUCCAAUAGCUUUAAGCAGUGUUUAGUAAAGCAUGCUUCUCAGGUGGACAUUGGGUCUUUUGUUCCUCCCGCUUCUUCUUAUAAUUAACUCCCACCCCCUCCUCUUAGCUUACAGUUGGCAAGUGUAAUGGCCACAAUAAAAUCUCUUUAUAUAUACAAACCUCGAACUGUUAAUGUAUAGCAUUCAUAGUACUGUGAUAUGAUCACCAGUGAAUUUCUUUUUGUUGUUAUAACUGGUAGAAAGAAGUAAAUUCUACAUAGUCAGUAUAAAAAGAAAAAAAAGUGAGGCCUGUGUCAUCGUCAUCAUCCGAUUGUUGAUGUCAUGCAGACAACAUUCACUUCUGGCCUCAC